GCGCCGAAUGUCAGGCACCAGGAGCGCCUACUCACGCGGUUCCGCGGCACCGAACGUGCACAUAAGGCACUUUAAAGUGCACUCACACACACACUUGACUGCUCGCUCGCUCUCCACUCAGUGUGGCGGGGAAGCGAGAGGGGCCCCGGGUUUGGGCCGUCAGAUUCGGCAACCGGCAGAACACGCAACAGCCCCGAGAGCAAAGUCGCGCCCUCGAUAGGUGGCCGCCUCGUCCGACGGCCAGCACACCAAGACCGCGGCCGCCGAGACCUGAAAAUGCCCUUACUAGGACUCGAUUUCACGUAUCAUUCCUCCCGGGAGCUGCGAAAAACUACGAUACUGCGCUCUUGUCACGUUUUCAAGUCACAUGGCCAGAGAUGCGCUGUUGCCGUUUGCUCGCUCCGACCGGGGGUGGGGGGAGCGGCUUUUUUUGCAAAUCAAAAAUUGCGUUCGCAGAAUUAAUUUGAGACGUCAGGAAAAGUGCCGACAUUUGAAAAUGUGGAGACAAAUACGCACGCGAAUUACUAUGUGCGUACCUUGGAGACGAAAUUCCCUGAAUUAAAGCAUCCGUCGUGUUCCGCGUGUUCGUCAUUAAAGGGUUAACCGGUACCGAGGCAUCAGUUUGAGAAACGAGAAUUUCUCCCACCACUGAAAGCCGGUCACCCUCCCCGAGCCCAGAAAAUAAAUAAUAUUGGCUUUAGGCCAUUUUUGCCUCAUAGCAGUUUGUUUUCUUUUCUUUGCACGAGUACAUUUAGUACACGAGCCACCGAGGAAAGCUGAGAAAACACAAAACAAUUUUGUUCUUUGAAAGCAAAACAUCUCCACAGGAAAAUAAAAUUGUGAAUAAAAUGCCCUGCCUGAAGCCAAUGAUAGGACCGUCGAUCCUUAACGCAGACUUGGCGCAGCUUUCCGAAGAAUCUCAACGACUGCUGGACCAAGGCGCGGACUAUUUGCACCUGGAUGUCAUGGACGGACACUUUGUGCCCAACCUCACAUUCGGACACCCUGUCGUCAAAUGCCUCAGGAGCAAAAUUCCUAGGGCGUUUUUCGAAACGCACAUGAUGGUCUCCAAUCCGCAGCAGUGGAUCGAGCCUAUGGCUGACGCUGGAGUUGAUCAAUACACAUUCCACGUUGAGCCGGUCAAAGACGUUCCUGAAGUCUGCAGAAAAAUUAAAGAGGCUGGAAUGAAGGUUGGACUGGCUAUCAAACCAGGCACACCUGUGGAUGUGGUAAAGACGUACAUCGACUUUGCGGACUUGGUCCUGAUCAUGACUGUCGAGCCAGGUUUUGGAGGUCAAAAGUUCAUGUCCGACAUGAUGCCAAAGGUCUCUUGGCUGAGGGAAAAUUACCCAGAACUAAACAUCGAAGUUGACGGAGGCGUUGGACUGAACACAAUUGAUCAAUGCUCACAAGCUGGAGCUAACUGGAUUGUUUCUGGUACGGCAGUGAUUCGAGCUGAAGACCCAAAAGCCGUCAUUUCGACACUCAAAGAAUCUGUUCAAACUGCCAUCGAUUCCAAGAAGUGCUAGAGUGUAUUUUGCAGCCAAAAUUAUUCCAGAUAAAUUUGCGGCAUUUAUUUACUAUUUUGCGGAAAUCUUUGUUCCUAUUAAGCUCAAUCGAAAAUAAAAAUAUUUUUUUCUA